CGUGACGGGACUUGAUUAGGAUCGUCGAUCGGACAAACAGGGGACCUCGCCGAUGAAGACUCUUAUUUAUCAGGCCCAUCGGCCCUUCUCUGGCUCUUCAAUUCUCUGAUUCUUUCUCCUCGCUAUACACGUCAGGUCAUGUCCCUCCUAUCCCUCCCCACCGAGCUCGUGAGCAUCGUUUGCAGCUAUUUGGAGCAGUCCCACUGGUGCGCUCUUCGCUUGGCGUGCCGGAGUCUGUACGCCAAGUCCCUCGAUGCCUUUGCCAUCCGCGUCUUCAAGACCAUCACCUUCUUAGUGACCACUGAUAGUCUCCGUCGCCUGAAAAAGAUUGCCGCCCAUGAUUUCUUCCGGCGGCGAGUCCAAGAACUGUGGGUUGUGCCGGAACUGUUUGGAGGUCUCUAUGACGCCGAAAUAGCCAGUUCCUCCCCCAUCAUAGGAAGAAGGCUGCCGAAUGGCCAGGCGCUCACGGCUGCGGAUGUCGAGAGCAGUUAUGCCACUUAUCAAGCUAUAGUAGCAGAUCAUCUCAGCAUCCUUGAGGCUGACACCUUCAGUGAUGUGCUCAAGAUCUGCCUGGAGAGCUUUGAAAACCUCGCCGUCUUCGGACUGCGAUAUCGCCAUGUCUCCCAUCUCGCAUCGAAAACGGAUACCCGCUGUCUUGGCCUGCGCAGGUUAGAGGAACAGCUCAACUGCAAUCAGACCUACCCGCUGCGACGAUUUGGUGGUUUUCACACCCGCGUCGCCAGGUCCCACGCAUUGGCCUUCUCGGCUUUUGCCAGAGCGGCCAUCGCAUCCAACCAAGGCAUCACCAAGUUGUACACUUGCCGUCAUCAGUGUUGUGGUCUGACCCCCCAAUACUUGACUCUCACCCCUGAGCAGUAUGAGUCUCUGCUGCCGCUCCUGAAUCAUGUCAAGAAUCUACAUCUCUGCAUCUGUACAUUCGGAGCUCAAUCGGAAGAGAUCAUCCUCAACUAUCUUCUUGAGAUCCUCGCAGCGACUGCCCCUAGCCUUGAAGUGCUGACUUUCUCGACAUGGAAUCGAGACCACCAACUGAGCCCUCCUGAUUUAUCCGGGAUCUCGCGGCGCAUUCACUUCACACGCCUUGCAGAGCUUCAUCUCCAUGAAAUCGAGAUCGCUUCCGAUGCCUUCCAACGCCUUGUACGCAGCGCCGCGCCGACAUUGAAGACCCUUACCCUGAAAGCCAUCAGCUUGACGGACGAAGCGAUGUCCACGGUAAUCUAUAGAGACGAUAUCGAGCGCUCCUGGCAGCAGGUUCUAGAUUUUUUUCGGGAUGAACUGUCUCUACAAUCUCUGCACAUGGUCUUCCUGUUUCACCGGGGCCAGAGGGUGGAGAUAAUCGACCGCUCGAGUCAGCUCGCCGGCAAUUUGAGGCCCAACGACGGUACCCGCACUUUUUUCAGUGCCGACCGAGCCCGUAUCUCCUUCAAAGACUGGGUUGGCCAGCUCAGACCAAACCUGCCAGUGAUUACCGAGGUGGCAUAAGGACCGAGGGAUCACAACUCGGAGGGUCGUACAGUAGGGGCGGGAGCCCUUGUAGAGCGACCCUUGCAAAAUGAAGAGCCAGAUCAGGCUCGUAACACUUUCUCCCUUAUAUAUAAAAUGCUGAAAGAGAAUUUGGCCGACUCGAAUGAUAGGGAAUGUGGCUAUCGCAGGAUGCUUAUGUCAGCUACGCCUGCGGCGAUCCUCCCCCGCUCGAGGAAUUAAGCCUUGAGAGCAAAGUUGCCUGACGCAUCCACAACGAAGUUCUUCAGGAUCAGUCUCGUGUCGCAAUCAGCACCAGACACCCUCGCUCUUCACUAACCGAGGCAUGAACAGAGAAUCGUCCAGUCACUUACUUCAUAUCAUUGCUUUUGAACAUGGGUGAUCAGGGUGAUGAGCCGUUGCAGGUUGGUCACCUUCAUUUGUGGGCGCAUUCGCCAAUGCGAUGGCCCGGGCUAUACAGGUGAAU